AUGCAAGUGCGCCGCAGGUGCGCAAACUCAGCGCCAACCAUCCAGCGUACCUGUAAUGUGAUAGAACACUUGUCCUGGUCGCAAGACCGACCGGACGCCAGUGAGAUCCAUCGCCAAGACGAUGAGCCUGGGCCUUGCUGCCUGAUGUCUGUCUUACAUCACGCCGGCCUGCGUCCGUCCAACGGCAGUGAAUUCUUCACGUUUCCCGUAUCCCCACAUGCCCAGUCAGAAGCCCUGCCCAUGAGAUCUGACGGAGAUCUCUGGGAGCAAGGGGAUGGCUUUGGAAGGCCUCUUCGGGCCAUCCUUGGGGGCCGCGUGGGGGCGAAAGGAAGAGGGAUGGUAGAGGAGGAGGAAGAGGAGGAGGAGGAGGAGGAGGAGAAGGAGAACGAAAGGGUGUUCUGGGAAAGCAAUAAUCCCACUCAGAAUGUGGAGAACAAAUGCUAUGUACGGCGAGGUGCCGAGAGCACUGCCGUAGCUCGGUGGUUCGGCGGCAGUCUGUAG